AUGAAACGCACCGCCAAGGGAGAGAACAACAUCCCCAGUGACAAACGGAUCUAUUUACAUGUUGUGGGGACGAGCGAGACGACAAAUAAGCCGGCGACGGAUCCCCCGCGGGGAGACUUUUUCUUCGAUGAGAGGUGGAAGGUGGGGAGGGUGUUGGAUGAUGCGGCGAGACGGUUGCAGGUGGAGAAUGUGAAUAAUCGGGGCGGAGGGGAGGAGGAGAAGUUGAGGGUGUUUCAUGUUGAGGGGGGAGUGUUUUUGGAGUUUGGGGAGAGUGUGGGUGCGAAGGUGAAGUCUGGGGAUACGGUUGUUUUGUUGAGGGGGGCGGGGGUGAUUUUAUAG